AUCAGCUUCGUCAUCAAUUUAGAAACCUCUACGACCUCUCUCUCUCUAGAAUACAUUCUCUCUCUAGAUUUCACAACGACUACGACUACGACAAUCUUAACGCGCCAGAGUAUCAGAUCCCAACGUCGUUUUCAUUUUUACAAUUCUACCCUCGUCUUCUUCCCUUCAUUCCUUCUGCACCGCCAUAGGAAGAAUCCUCAAAAUUAAAAUUAAGGACGUGUUUGUCUGGUUUAAACAGUUGUACACAGUUUUGCCUUUCAAGCCAAGCAAACCCCAAACAGAACAUUUCCUUUUUUGGUUCCUAAAUUAUAAUUUUAAUGUGAAUUCAAAAACAAUUUUACACUUUCUUUAACAAACUUAAACCAACACCAUUGUUUGUUAGUUUGUUUGUUCUUGAUCUCCGGCCGUUGAUCAUUCCAGCGUGGACUUACUGGCUAUUUUCUGCUGUUAUUAUUAUUAUGAUAUGAAGUUCACCGCAGUGAAAUGCGGUAAUUUGAGAUUAAAGCUUAAUUACCAUGGGGAAGCUCCACAAUUGUGAUGAUAUCAGUAAUGAUAGAUUCAUUUUUCCUUUAACAAGUUUCCAAAUUGGGGACUUGCAGUCUUAUCUAUCAGAUCUUAGUAUUUUUUUGGCCAAUGAAAGUAAUAAAUUAUACAUCUUGGUAGAUAAUCGACCAUGGUUGAGGGACCUCGGUUCGCAUCCGGCGCAUUUGUGGCAAUUCAUGGUCACCAAGUCCAGGUUAUCUCCUUUUGCAAAUACCAAGGCUCAAAAGGGAAAAAGAACGGGAAAAGAUGUUUGUUCGGAUUCGAAACUUGGUAACUCGAAGAAGUUUGAGAAAUGGUUCUCUUUGAUUGAUGCGGCAACUUUGUCUCGGAGAAGAGGGUUUCUACCUGUUAAGAAACUAAGGAACACUUUGUUUUUAAGCAGUGAGUUGCACAGGACUCUUUAUGGUUUUAUCGUGUUUGAAGUUUUUUUGGGUGAUGUUCGGGGUAUUAACUACUUAAAUGAGCUUCAGACAGAUACAUCUCUGGCUAUUGAGACUAAGUUUAUGCAAAGAUGGGAAUUUGAUAGCAUAGAGCAAGCUGCGAGUUGUUUGUCAUCGUGGUUUUCAGGAACAAUUUCUGAGCAGCUACACUUGAAAGAGUACCUGGAAUGUGCCAUAGGUGACAUUUUCUAUGACGCUGAAGAAAACUUCUCAAGGACUCUCUCUAUUGAUGAUGAUGAAAAUUUCUGCAGUGCUACUUUUGGGGUUGAAGAUUUUUCUGUGUGCGGCAGUUUCAGUGUUUAUCCCGGGACCAACGAAAGUGGAACAAGCGAUUUUCACACACCGCCUCCCACUGGUCCUUAUAAGAGAAGAAGGGUAAUUAAAUUUUUUGGUACUGGAGUUGAAUUUGAUUUUUAUUCCGAGGAAACUGGGGAUGAAAUUGAAGACUCCUUAGACAACAGAGAGAAUUAUACUAAUGAUUUUGAGAGCACUGUUGAAGCUAAGCAGUACAGGGACGUUCUAAUUUUGGUUAGAUUCAAUGAUCAUGAUCUUCCUUUUAAACUAAGGGAUGUAAUAAUGUCCGAUCUGCGGUUACUUACUUUGUUAGAGGCUGGACUUCCAUCAUGGGUUAUCUUUCUUCAGUCAUAUCCUGGAUUUUGCCAUAUGUAUCGCCCUUGGAUGUGCCCUUUGGCUAGAGCUUUGUAUGUGCUGAUUUCAGUUGUCACUGUUGUUAUUGGAUUCUAUGAUUUAUAUAAAAAUGUUCCUGUUCUUAAGGCAACCGCAUCUCGCUUGUGCGGGCCACUUUUUGACUGGAUAGAGACAUGGGAAAUGGUAUCGAGGAUCAAGUACUUGGGAACAAUGCUAUUCCUGCAUAACUUUGAGAAGGCUAUUACAUGGUUUUUAACUAUUACACGUACCACUCGGUCGUUCUUUUCUGUUUUCACGCAACCGCUGGCUGAACCGCUUGUGGAGUUGCUAGGCUUCCUACUUCCAACGUGGAAUGUGUUGGUUGAAGUGGUAGAGAGCUUGUAUUCUGUCAUUUGGGCUGUGACUGGGUCUAUUUGUAGUAUAUUCACAGAUCUUAUGCAGGUUAUCUUGUGGCCUAUGUGGGCUAUCAUUUCUCUGAUCUGGAGCAUUGCAACUUCAAUUCUGUAUCCCAUAUUUUGGAUCCUGUGGGAAAUACUUUAUGUUCCGAUUCGAGCUGUACUUGGAAUGGCCAGCCUUAUAGCCUUUUUUUGUGCCUCAAUAUCAGAAUUCAUUGGAGAUAUUUGGCAGUCUCUAAGCACUGCAUUCCAGCUUGCCUCGGCUUCCGAGGCAACAAUAAGCACAUAUGAAGUUUCCAUGUGGCGGUCGCUUUGGAAUGACUUAUUUUCUCAGGUUUUCCGCGCUCUUAGGAGUAUAUUGAAUGGUUUUGUUGCCUUCUUCACAGCAUGCAAUCGGCAUCGCCUUAGCAUUUAUAAUCACAUACAGGAUUUCUUCCGAAGAAUGUUUGGUCAAACCCAAAGAUCACAUCCUUCAGAGUUUAGACAUACCAGGCCAACACAAAGGGCUCGUAAUCUGGGUGAAACAAGUAGGGAGAUUCAUAUUAGUUGAGAUACAUUCAUUUAUUUUUUUCGACACUAUAAACAGAAAACGUACCCGUAAACCAAGUGCUUCUCUACGACGGAGUAGAGGAAACGAUAAAGCAAAAAUAUUGGAGGAAUAGCCUUGCAGAUUGGGCAGCUCCAUUUGUAAGCAAUAGGUAGAGAUAAUUCUUUGUUCUUUGUAUAUGUAUGUAUCAGGUAUCUCUUUCCUUGUUUAGACUUUUCAAUUUAUAUUUUGGUUAAUGGACAUAUCAAUUGUAUAGUCAACUUGGGAUGUACAUAUAGCUUAUAUAGUCAUGACACCAACUCUCUUGAGUUAUUAAUUACUCA